GCGGAUACAAACCAUGGAGAACGGCCUGUGACCCGCUUAUAAUGCGUAGCGAACCUUUUGUUCUUCCUGCACUCUAUAGGUCUUACCACCUGCACUUUCUUCAACAGCGUUCCCUUAUUUAUUCAAAACCGUAUCUGAACCCGAUACAUGUUGCAACAGCUGGUCUGCUCGGUAAAAGAACAUCUACAACAGUUCCCGUUACCGAACCUGAACCCGUCUCAUUCAGUUGUUUCCCUUUUGACCCGGCCUGACCUCACGCGAAACAAAAGCCAAGGUCAAGGGUUGUAUGCAUGCCUGCCGAUUACUGGCCGCACAGUCAGCUGUGCCGCGCGUGAGACGAUCUGUGCAGAAAGGAUCUGGUGCUGAUAGAGAUUUGCUACACGAGUGCAAGACUGUCAACUUUCUUUGGACAAAGCAAAGGCGAAGAUUGCGCGAUGGCGUAUGGCUGCCCAACUCUGAAACUUUUUAGCGGGCGUGCCAUUCCUGCUGUCGGCCUGGGGACGUACGCUCCAAGAGAGAAUGAAGAAGAUGUAAUUCAAGCAGUCAAGACUGCAGUGAGAUGUGGCUACCGUCACAUUGAUUGUGCAGCCAUUUAUAGGAAUGAACGUGCUGUAGGUCAUGCUCUCAAGGAACUAUUUGUUGAAGGCAUAAUACAGAGAGAAGACAUUUUUGUCACUAGCAAGCUGUGGAAUACCUGUCAUCAGCCAGACCUUGUACAGCCAAGCUUGAAGAAGACCUUGGAAGACCUGGGUUUGAAGUAUCUGGACCUUUACUUGAUGCACUGGCCUUUGGGAUACAAGGAAGGUGGAGAUUUCUUGCCUGUUGAUGAAAAUGGGAAAGUUCUCUUUUCAGAUGUUGACUACCUUGAAACAUGGGGUGCAAUGGAAGAUUGUGUAGACCUUGGUUUGGUGAAACACAUAGGCUGCUCCAACUUUAACAGCAAACAACUGCAGCGACUGCUCGAUGAAGGUCGAAUUCAACCAGCUGUUAAUCAGUUUGAGGUCAACUGCUACCUCACAAACAGGAAACUAAUUGAGUAUUGCAAGUCUAAAAACAUACUUCCAGUUGCAUAUGGUCCCCUUGGCACACCUGGCAAAAAUGGCAGUGUAAAUCUCCUAAAAGAUUCUGUUUUAGUUCAGAUUGGCCAAAAAUACAACAAAUCAUCAGCUCAGGUUGCCCUGAGAUUUCUUAUUCAACAAGAUAUUGCAGUGAUUCCCAAAAGCGUCACACCUGCUCGGAUUGAAGAAAACUUUCAGGUGUAUGAUUUUAAACUCACAGAAGAAGAAAUGGCCCAACUGUUCAGUCUAAACAGAAAUUUUCGAAACUACAGAGAGGAAAUUGCUUUGGAUCACAAAUAUUAUCCAUUCUAUGAAGACUUCUGACGAAUGGUGCACCAGGUCAAUCACUUAGAUAGUAUGUUAUAAAAACAACACGUUUUACAUUUAUAUUUUAAAAGUAUUGUGUUGUCUUUAUCCAGUUUGAGAGUGAGAACGAAAUAUUUCCCUGUUAUAAAGUGACAGCAGUGAGCUUGGACUUUUGUAAAUUUAAUUGGGGAAGGGUUAGGGGUCAAAUUACAGUGUUCUAUAUAAACUACCCAUUCUGCUUUUGGCCUCAAUUUAAUUUCUUUAUUUCAUUUAUUUAUUGCUGUUGUUUUUAGACUUUUUUUGCUGAAUUUCCUUUGACAAAGAACAUAAAGCACAUAUAACUGUUUCAGUUGUUGGAGUAGCGCAAAUAUCCCUAGCAUCAUCUGUUUGUUUACAUGCAUUGCGUUUGAACUCAUCUGUGUUUUGCAUGAUUCAGUGAAGUGAAGAAGAAUACAUAAUAACCUGCAUUUAAGAGCCACUUUAAAAAAGAAAAAGGCUCAUGGCACAAACAGCUGUAAAAUGGUGCUUUUGUAUGAAAAGCACUGAUACUUGUUUAUACAAUAGUUAAAAAAGGGGACCUGGUUGUGUUACUUAUGAAAUUUCGGAUUUUUGUUGCUGCUGUUUUCAGAUUUUUGGUAACACUGAUGAUCAAUCCAGUAUUGCUGAUAAUGUAUAAUGUUGGAUUUAAUAUUUGAUCUGUUAAAACAUGGUUUUAAAAAAUUACAAGAGCAUAAUUCUUCCUAUUUGAAACGGUACACAUAAUCAUUAUUUGUGCACUAAAAUUAAACUAGGAGAAAAUUUACUUUUAUCUUUUUGUUGUGUUUUACUUACAAAUUAUCCCAAAUAUGGUAAGUGUCUUUGCAAGUGUGCAUACAAACCUGCACACAUGUGUGCACAAUUCCAUAACCAAUGUUUAAAUGUACACAAGUGUAUAUAAAUACCAUUUUAUUCUGUAUUGUUAGAAUGUGAAGAGGUUUCCAAAGAGUUCACAAGAUUUUGCACUUAAUAUUAAAGAAAUAACACCCUAAAACAAGAGAAAAAUCCCAGAUCAUUACUAUGGUGUUUUCUUUAAUAUCAUUCAGCAUGAGGAUUCAUCUUGGCUCAACUAUGAAAUGGGAAAAAUUAAGAUGAACAUGCUAUGUUAACCUGAUUUGCAAAAGCUGAUCAUAUUCAGCAUAUAAAGAAAGAAAAUGAACAUUAUCUAGUCAUCCUGUACCAUGAGGCAGGUGAAAGUAAAUAGCAUCCAAAUCCGAAGAAUGCUGACUUUGCUGAUAAAAAGCAUGGUCUUCGACUCCUCAAAGGCUUUUUUUUUUUUGUUUGUUUUUUAGCAUUUACCUUGAUAUCUUGUAAUGAGAUAAAGGUGAACCAUGUAAAGGAAAUUGAACAGGAAACUUUUUGGAUACUCAUACUAUAUACUACUUUCUGAAGUCUGGAGUUGUUAGGCUAGGCUGUGUAUAUGCAUAGUGAAUGAUUGCUGUCAGUGGUUUACAUGUACAGGAGUGUAGAGUUGGCAGUUUAUUUCCGGAAUUAAUAAAAUGAGACAAUGCAUGCAUUUCUCAGGUAGAAUAUUGAGCUUUACUGAAUAUUUUUUUUACUAUUGCCUUAGCUUUAUUUAAAUGCAUGAGCGGGUUCUGCCAGAUAUAUUAAUGGGUGUGAUGCAUGUUGAUUGGUUCCCAUAAAAGCCUUGCUUAAACUUUUGUUUGUGCAUUCUUUUUGAGAGCUACCUAUGAGCAAGCAUGUUAUUGCUGUUUUGGGUGUUCUUUUAUUAUAAAUCAUUCCUUACCUUUUGUCUUUUCAUUUUUGCAGAGAUAAAGUGUGUCAGCAUAGUUCUUUGAAUUAUUUCCCUGUAUGUUACUUUUGUUCAGUGUUGUGCAAUGGCACACUGUACAUUACUCAUAAAAAGGCCCAGCAGGCAGCUUAGAAGCCACACCUCUGUGCAUGAGAUGAAGGUUUUGUAUAGCCAUUGAAUCAUUUGUGUGAUACUAUUAAUUAGUAAUCCUUGAUUCAUAACAAAUGUAACUUGUAGUGAUCAACAUGGUGGAGUGAUGCCCAGUGAUGCCCACUGUACAUGUGGUGCAAGGAUUGUGCAUAGAUGUUCCUCAGAUAAACUUCAACCCAAGAGGAUGUUAUCCUUUUGCUUCAGCGAUACAUAUUUUUAAAGCAUUUAACGAUUAUUUCAGGUCUGUCUCAAAUUCUGUAAUAGAAAAAUGUCUAAAAUAGUGACUUUUAUUUUCACAACAGUGUGCAAGAAGCCCUUUAAAAAAUUAAUUUUUCAAAAUGCUAUAAACUCUUCUGUUCAAACUAGCCUAAUUCUUUUGAAGAUAUGGACUGGGAAUACAAUCAGUCUCCUUGAAUAGCGUUCGCAUGACAACUUUAUAAAAUUUCCAAUUCUAGUGUGGUAGUUCAGAAGAGUUUUAUGUUUUCUGGCUUAUAAAACAAUGGGUGGGGGCCAUUUUAAGCAAGACAAAGAUGACCAUGUAAUGACCACAUUAUUAAACAUGAUAGGUCGUAAAAUAAUACAAACCUUUCGUUCAGUAUAGUAGAAAUGUUGCAUAACAUUACUUUGUGUACAAUAUCUUAACAGUCUGCUGUUGCAGUCACAUUUUUCAUUUUAAUAGCUUUAAUCGUAAGCUGAGCUCAGCAGCUGAACUCAAAAUUGGGCAUUUUCUUUUUAUCUAAAAAAGGUUUGUACAGGUCAUUUAUUAUUAUGAAAGUGUGCUUGUUUAACUAAACAGAUUUAUUCAUUUUUGUUGCUGCUUGGAGGGGAAAUGAAGGCUUGAAGAGGAGAUGCCUACGCCGCAACAGCUGAGCAAGUUUUGCGAAUGUACACAUAUGAACUAGAACUAUAACAUCAAGCUUUUAGAAUCAUAAUGCAACCACUAUAAGUUGUGCUCAUCAUUAUAUCUGCCACAUUUGCAUGUAUUUUUUAACAGCCUGCUUAGAUAUUAUUCAUUUUGUUAAUAUUUGUACUUAAGCCAAUGUUUUAUUUCAAUGGGUAUUGUCUUAGCAGCAUUAUUUGUACAUAAAAUAUACAGCCUGUUGUUUCCAAUAAAUUGCUACUAAAACUGA